AUGAAGUCAUCAUCUGCAGCACUAAUUGCGAUAUGUCUCUAUCUGGGUGUGUCAUGCGCACUAGGAGCCGGAUACGGAUCCGGAUAUAAUAGCUAUGAUAAUUAUGGAGGCGGAUACAGCAUGGGUUACGGAAGUGGUUACGGAAGUGGUUACGGCAGUGGCUACGGAAGCGGAUAUGGACACUCCAAGGGAUACGGAAAAGGAUAUGUCUCCUCCGAGACCAUUAUUAGACAACCUUACCUCCAACCCGUAGCGGCCCCACCACCAGUGGAGGAAAACGAUGGUCUUUUUGGAUUAGGUGGAUCUGGACUUCUGUUGCUCGGUCUACCCCUCCUUCUCCUCUUGAGGAACUCCAACUCUGGUUAA